AGGGCUGGGCACGGCUUUACAUUGCCGGUGGCUUGACAGCUUCCCUUUAUGGGAGCUAUUUUGGGUCUUUCCUGGCCUGACUGGGUCUCGGCACCAGCUCCUGCCUCCUUUUGCUUCAGCCAAGCUGUUAGAUUCAAGCGACCGCAGCUGGACUUGGUCUGAAUGCGAGAUCCUGAGCUAAUUUCUCUGGGAACCCCCUCGUCCGGUCUGCAGCCAUGGCCACCUCAGCGAGCUCCCACCUGAGCAAAGCUAUCAAGCACAUGUACAUGAAGCUGCCGCAGGGGGAGAAGGUCCAAGCCAUGUACAUCUGGAUCGAUGGGACGGGGGAGCACCUCCGCUGCAAAACCCGCACACUGGACCACGAGCCCAAGAGCCUUGAAGAUCUCCCCGAGUGGAAUUUCGAUGGCUCCAGUACCUUCCAGGCUGAAGGCUCCAACAGCGACAUGUACCUGCGACCUGCUGCCAUGUUUCGGGACCCUUUUCGCAAGGAUCCCAAUAAACUAGUUCUCUGUGAGGUCUUCAAAUACAACCGCCAGUCUGCAGAGACAAAUCUCCGACACACCUGCAGACGGAUUAUGGAUAUGGUGUCCAACCAGCACCCCUGGUUUGGGAUGGAGCAAGAGUACACUCUUCUGGGGACAGAUGGACAUCCUUUUGGCUGGCCUUCCAAUGGCUUCCCUGGACCCCAAGGUCCGUACUACUGCGGUGUAGGAGCAGACAAAGCCUAUGGCAGAGACAUUGUGGAGGCUCACUACCGAGCGUGCCUUUAUGCUGGUGUGAAAAUUGGAGGAACCAAUGCGGAAGUGAUGCCAGCCCAGUGGGAGUUCCAGGUGGGACCAUGUGAAGGGAUUGAGAUGGGAGAUCACCUCUGGAUUGCACGCUUCAUCCUCCAUCGGGUGUGUGAAGACUUUGGUGUCAUUGUGUCCUUCGAUCCCAAACCCAUCCCUGGGAACUGGAACGGUGCUGGCUGCCACACCAACUUCAGUACCAAGAACAUGAGGGAAGACGGAGGUCUCAAGCACAUUGAAGAGGCCAUCGAGAAGCUGAGCAAGCGUCACCAAUACCACAUCCGUGCCUACGACCCCAAAGGGGGGCUGGACAAUGCCAGGCGCCUGACGGGUUUCCACGAGACAUCCAACAUCCAUGAGUUCUCCGCUGGCGUGGCCAACCGCGGCGCCAGCAUCCGCAUCCCCAGGAACGUGGGCCAUGAGAAGAAGGGCUACUUUGAGGACCGCCGGCCCUCCGCCAACUGUGAUCCUUAUGCUGUGACAGAGGCCCUCGUCCGUACGUGUCUCCUCAACGAAACUGGAGACGAGCCUUUUGAGUACAAGAACUAAGCAGACUGCGCCCACAGACACCGCCUUCCCCCCCCAUUUCCCGCACCCCUAAACUUCCCUUCUAGAUGUAAUCCCGAGGGUACAAGAUAACACGUUUUGUGUCUCAGUAACUCUUGUUGUCUUGAGGUGGGGAGGAGGGCAAAUUUAGUUUUAUCGAUGUCUUUUUGUCAUUGACUCUUCAGAAGACAAGAGGAGGAGAGGGUGUUAGAGAACUUUUAACCACUGUUUUAUUUUUUGUCUAAUUCUUGUGUACAUCUGAUGGGAUCCAGUGGCUUCCAGGAACAGACUGCACACACAAAAAGCCAGUAGAUGAGUGGAAAGCUUAAAACUAUACCUGACUUCCCCAAGAGGCAAAUUUGGGUUGUUAGCCGGCUCUCUGCAGACUGAUGGUUCUCUAAGGUUGGUGCCCUUCUGUGGAGAAGGGAAGACAGGAGCUGUGAUGGAGCCCCGCGUGCUCCUGCCUGUAUGGUGUGAUGGGGAGAUCUUCACCCUCUGGCCACACUGAGGUUUCUGGGAAUCUUCUGGCAUUGAGCUCAGCAUAGGAGCAUUGAGGAGAACUCCUGGUUCUGUCACUGGAAGUCAACUGGUCUCUGGCUCAUAACACAGAGUGAAGUAGUAUUUUUCUAUUUAAAUCUAAAAACAACAAAAAAAUUAUAUAUGAAAGUGGUUUGUUUUUUUGUUUUUGUUUUUUCUUUU